GGAAAGGGAAUGCUGAGUCUCAGGCGCACAAGAAGACUAAAGGAGGAUUCAAUACCCUGGAUAGAUAUUUCCGUUCUUGAUGCCAAGUUCCCAGUCCAUAUGUGGCAGAAUAUAUCCUGCAGAGUUCUAACCAGCAGGGAUUUUGGUCAUCCUGCGAGACAUGACGUCCGCCGAACUCCACCACUACUUCGGCAACGCCACCAACCCCGUCUUCCACCUCGUGCGGCCUCGAUUCGUCCCCCUCAACGCCAGCGACGACGCCCCCCGGAGAGUCAAGCUGACCGUCAGUUCUGCCGGCUUCCACCUUGAUGCCGUGUUGGCCUCGUCGGAUGGGCUCCUGGCGGCGCAUCUGAUCUCCGAGGGCUUGACGGUGGACGGCGAGACGGUGAACCUGCAGCAGCUCCUGUGUCACUACCGCGCCACCAACGCCACGCACGUCGUCAGCGCCAACAACUGCGACGGCGACGGAGUGGACGGCAUCAUCGUGACCCCUGACACUAUAGGCAGCCUCCACCCGCUUCCCCCCCGCCUGCUGCCUCCUCUCUGGCCCCUCCUGCCCUGCUCCUACUCCAGUCCUGCCCCCGAGGGAACGUACGGCUUGCACAUCCUGCACCUCAGACCCAAGAGCAUACCAGGGGAGGGGAGGAACAGGACCAGGAGGGAGGCAACGGCAGGUCACGGCGAGGAUGAGGAUGCUGAAGAGGAACAUUUGAGUGUCUGUGGGGUGACAUCCGAGCAUGACGUGAGGGGUGUUGCCUUCAGGAGGCCUCCAAGAUUCCGUGACCUGAGAGAACUGACUGGUGACCUUGACCUCCAGGCUACUGGUGCAAGCAGGGGCCCGGUGGGUGGAGGGCCAUCACCACCACUGAUGCAGGAUGGCCAUUUGGAGGACCACAACCACACCAUCACUGCAGAGCCUGUGUCAGCGGUGCUCCGUCGGACUGUCGAACUUGCAGUGUUCUGUGACAAAUCCAUGUACCAGGACCUGCCCCUCAAGCUCAACUCACGAAAGAAGUCACAGCUCAUCAAUUAUGCCCUCACAAUUAUCAAUGCUGUGCAAGGAAUCUACCACCAGGAUGAGCUUCAGGGUUACGUGGUGGACCUAAGUGUGGUGAAGCUGGAUGUCCUCACAAGCAACACCAGGGAUUCCCCGAACCCAAGUGGCGGGGACAUUGGUGCCUACCUCAACGACUUCUGUGCCUGGCAGAUGAGAAACAACCCGUCUGGUGACUCAAACCCUCAGCACUGGGACCACGCACUCAUGCUCUCCGGGCUGGACCUACACUCCUCAGGCAACCCUUCAGUCAUUGGCCUGGCCUGGGUGGGGGGUAUGUGCAGCCCCAAAACAUCCUGCACCAUGAAUGAGGGGCGGGACUUUUCCUCUGUGUACGUCGUGGCUCAUGAAAUGGGACAUAACUUUGGCAUGAACCACGAUGGCCAGGGGAGCGCUGCGGGCUGUAGCAGCUCAAACUACAUCAUGUCCCCAUCAGUGGGUCCUGGGAAGACCACAUGGUCCACUUGCUCCACCCAGGUCAUCCACAACUUCCUUCGGGGAUCCUCGUGUCUGGAAGACGGAGCCGCAGCCUUGGGAGCUGUGGAGGCUCAAGACACCGGCAGGGAAGGACGUACCAUGAAGGACAAACAGCAGGAUGCAUCCCUGAAACGCCACUAUAAGCCCCAGGAGAUACAGUUGGAUUCCGUGCUCAGAAAAACUCCCGGCUUUUCGUUUCCCCUGCAGGAGCAAUGCAAGGCCAUAUUUGGACGUGACUACCAUCCAGCUCUAACCAAGGAUGACCUCUGUAAAUACCUCUACUGCACAAAUGGUGUGGUGACCCGGCCAGCCCACCCAGCCCUCGAAGGCUCCUUUUGCGGCUCUCACAGGGUUUGCAUCGCUGGGAAGUGUAAGCCCGAGGAGGAGCUCGUCAACCUCAUAGGAUACAACACUCCUGCUACUGAUGCACCUCCCAGUGAGCCUCUGACCACUUCACCCUCAAGUAUGGAAGAUACCACCUUGCAGUCAACAACACCUUCUACCAACACCUUGCCUACAACCACCAUCACUUCUUUAGUGCCAUGUAUAGAAAACUCAUCAGCAGCAGAUACAGCAGUGCCCUGGAAGCCUUGCAUCAAUGACUCUUCAGCAGAAGUUCCAGACUCCUGUGAUUGCAUCCCUAAGAUCACCCCUCCUGCAGACAUUGCCAGCAUACCAAAGGAAAUUUGCCCGUUCUUAGCUCCAGUGUACCAUGAGGUGUUUGAGUGCAGUUCUGAGUGCCCUCUGUUUGAUCUGCACCUUGACCUCACCUCCGGCAACCUGACACAGAUACUGAUUGGAUCAAACCUUUUGAGUGAUUUGUCUCAGUCCUGUAUGUUUGAUCACUACAGUGUAAUCAGAGGCCCAGGCAGAGACACAAUGGUUGGUUCUAUUCCCCGCAUGUCCCAUCUGGACUCAAAAGUUUGUAAAGGGCUCCCUCAUUUCCUUCAUCAAUCCCUUGGCUGUCCAUAUGUAGGAAGUGAGAACCAAGAACAAGAUUGCAUCCCUCGAAACAUAGUAGUGAAGACAGCAAGCAAGAGCCUUACUUACACACAGUCACAAGGAAACACAGAGGUACACCGAAGCAUCCUGUGGAAAGGCACGCAUUAUUCUCUUAGGACUGAGAGUGAUGCUGGUCACCAAGACUCAACAAACAGUCACAUCUUUACAAUACACACUGGAGUUGAGAGCCUCACCAUUAACUGUAACUUGGAGGCGACAUUCCCGGAUGUGCUGCAAAACGUGCCACGUGAUGUGUGUCCCUUCAUUGCCCCAGUUCUUCAUGGCUUGUUUAAUUGCUUGGAAGAAGACCAUUGUACAGAUUAUGCUGUCAUCAUUGAUCUGCAGGAGCACAACAUCACCAAGGUUCCCCUGCUGAAUGAUUUGCAAAGACAUGACUCCUGUGUGGCCUGUGCUCAUGAAAGGAAAGACAUAGAGGCAGUUCUGUCUGAGAUAAUACAGGCUGUCAUCCCUAUUUUAUCUCAGUCCACCUUCUUCUGCAAGCUACUGCCAGGCUCACUGUCAUUAUUUAUCCCCAGCUGUCUCUCAGCUCCUGUUUUGGAGGCCAUCUCGGAGGAUACGUGUCCUCCCACCGCUGUUGUGGUGGAAACUGACUCUGCUGCCUUCACCUACUCCUUGGACACAAAACGGAGUAGUACCGACCUUCCCCAGUUAAAGUGGCAUGGAAGGCUAUUCAGUUUAUAUGCCAUCUCCACUGACAAGGAUCCUUUGAGUACGUUAAGGGAAAAAUAUUCACUAAAUGCCAGAAACUCAGUCACUAGAAAGUAUGACCACAGAGAGAUGGAAAUAGUGUCUCGUCAAAGAAAUAACCUCAACUCCGUGAAGUCUUCCAGUCCAGCAGGAGGCAGCCACCACCACCACCACACUACUGCAGUGCACCUUGCUGAUGGCCCUCUUGUGGAGUACAUUGGACAGAGUGACAAGUUUCUUCCCCUUAAUGCACCCAUGGCAAUGCCCCGCACCAAGGUAGGGGAGUGCAGUGUGACAUGUGGCCAAGGGGUGCGCACCGUGGAACAGGAGUGUGUUGACGUUCUGACUGAAGAGUUGAUGGACAACGAUGCAUGUCAAGGCUAUGCAGUACCCAAGCCUGAGAUGGAGUCUUGUGUGUUGCCAGACUGCCUUCCUCCACAAUGGAAGAUAGGGGAGUGGGGUGAAUGUCAGCAGUGCGGAACUGGAGUGCAGUUUCGGCAAGUCCAGUGCAUCAUCCCCGCAUCAGAACCUGAAGCUGGAGAACAUGCAGGCAUUGGGGUGGAGACGAGGGAACUAAUGACAAGUCCUGUGCUGGUGGUGGAGGACCUGCAGUGUGGAGGCGAGCAGCCCCCAAGUGUACAGACCUGCCACAAGGUCUGUCCAGCAGAAGCUGCCAUAGCUGAAGAAGAUAACAUACAGAUUUCAAAGGACUUUGACUACUGAAGAGGAGGCUCACUCAUAACUCAGAAGGGAACCUGGCAUUUAGAGGGAGGAGGCAAGAACCUCCACUUCAUGGAAAUGGAGAUCAUCCAGCUGUUAUGUUCCUUGAUUGUUCAAAUCUUCUUGGAAUCUAAUUUGAUUCAUAGACUGCUUGGGCACUCCCUCAGACAUGAGGUAAAUAUUUUGGGGGAGGGAGAAGGAGGGAGGGACAAAUAAGAGGAAGUCUUUUACAUGUCUAUGUGGCAAUGUAGUAGGUACAUAUGUUAAUGUAUGUAUGAACAAUGAAAAUAUUUCAAAUACUCAGCAAUUUUUUUCUUAACAUCUGUAACACUUGUAAGUCAUAACUUACAAUAUAAUCUAGAUAAUUUUGGAAGAGUAUUUACAGAAACUAAAAAGAAUAAAUAGAUGAAUGAGUUACAGUAAUAGAUAAACCAAUUGCCAUGACUAGUACAACUUGCCACUGACAGUGUUAUUGAGCAAAACUUCUCAGAACGCCAACGAUCAUGUCUCUUGAGUCACCAUUGCACUGCACUUGGUAUUGUUUUGUUAAACCCACUCACUUUUUAAAGUAACGUACUUUCAACAUAUAGGAUUUAUCACUGAAUGUAAUAAUAUAUCAGGUUUGUUUAUAUUACUUAUAUGAUUCUAUCAUUUCAACUCUGUGGUCUAAUUCUUAUCAUCAAAAUGGAACAUAGUUGCCCUUGUUCAGUUACAUUUCAGAAAGUAUUAUUUUCACAAGAUUGUUACUUCUACAUCUGUCAACUGUAGUAAAAAUUAAUUAGGAUGACCAGUUUGUUUCAAGACAGUACAAUGACUAAUUACUAGUUAUUUUCACAACCUCUUAAUUCUUAGGCUGGACAUGGUGUGCAGGUGUCCAGUGUGGGUGAGUUCGAGAGUAAGGAGGAUUUGUAGGGUAGUCUCCACUGGUGUCAAUGUACUCCCGAACCGUUUGUGCUGAGUCACACAUCUCCCAUAUCUCUCUCGCUUCACGAAUGUCCCGCAAGUUUCCCGUCCGCACAUCUCUCAUCUCCUUCACCUCGUGUGGCUUCUGGUCUUUUUUGUCUUUGGCAUCCCGCAUAUGUUCCACCCAGCCUCCUGAGGCGGCCCCUCCUGGUGUAGGGAGGUGGUGAUGGUGAUGGUGGUGAUCCCUCAUAUCCAUCUCGCUGGGCUCCCUCUUCUCUACACCCUCUGGCGCCCACUCUGACAUGGCGCCCCGUGGCUCCUCGUACUGGGAGGUGUGCCGUGUGCUAUCACGUCUCUUCCUUUCAUAUGGAGCCCUGGUGUGGAGCC